AUGCUUGAGGGCCUCGUCUCCACACUGCUCAAUCGGUUCUUGGGCAUGUACGUCCAGAACUUCGAUCCUAAGCAGCUGAAUGUUGGCAUCUGGUCUGGUGACGUCAAGCUGAGAGAUCUCGAGCUCCGCCGUGAAGCUCUCGAUCAGCUGCGACUGCCACUCAAUGUCGUGGAGGGCCACCUUGGCUCGCUCACACUAUCAAUUCCCUGGUCGAACCUUCGAGGGAAGCCGCUGAGGGUGCAGAUCGAGGAUGUCUUUCUGCUGGCAGCGCCCAAGGAGGAUGCUGACUACGACGCAGAAGAGGAAGACCGAAGAGCGCACGCUGUCAAGAUGGAGAAGCUGGACAGCGCGGAACUACUGAAGGAGCGCAACACAGAAGGCAUGAGCGCUGAAGAGCAGCAGAAGAACCAGAGCUUCACGGCGAGCAUGGUGACUGCCAUCGUCGAUAACGUUCAAGUUACAGUGAAGAACAUCCACAUUCGAUACGAAGACUCGAUAUCAGACCCCGGACACCCCUUCGCCCUGGGUCUCACCCUCGCCGACUUCAGCGCCGUCAGCACCGACGAGAACUGGAAAUCCACCUUCAUCCAGGGCAACGCCGCCUCGACACACAAGCUUGCAACACUGAGCUCCCUGGCGGUAUACUGGGACACAGAUGCAAAUCUCCUUGGCACAGGGAAAGGCAGCGACAGCAGAGACGAGCAGCAAAUCGAGCACUCUGAUUUCAUCAAGACGCUGCGCGACAUGAUUGCAAGAGGCGACAGUCCCGAGCUCGGGGAUCACCAGUUUAUCCUAAAGCCCAUCAGCGGUCGCGCGGGACUCGAGAUAGAUAAGACUGGCAAGGCCGAUGUGCCGAAGAUGAAGGCUCGUCUACUCUUUGACGAGCUGGGUUUCAUCAUCGACGAGGACCAAUAUCGCGACGCGCUGAUGUUAGUUGACCUCUUCCACUACUUCAUCAGACAUCAGGAAUACAAGAAGUUCCAACCGAAGUCAUCGCCAAAAGAAGACCCUGCCGGCUGGUUGCGGUUCGCCGGGCAAGCCGUCCUUGACAAGAUCCACGAUCGCAAUAAGAGGUGGAGCUGGGCAUACUUCAAGGAACGACGAGACGACCGCCUGCGCUACAUUGAACUGUUCAAGAAAAAGAAGAAGGAGGAGAAGCUUGGGCCGGAUGAAGCUGAAGAACUCGAUAAGCUGGAGAAGAAGUUGACAUAUGAAGACCUUCGCUUCUGGCGAUCUCUGGCUCGCAACCAGCUGCGCAAGGAGAACGUUGGUAUCAAGAAGGCGCCACAGAAGCAAGGCUGGGGCUCAUGGAUCGGAUGGGGUGCCAAGCAGGAACAUCACACCGAAGACAACACCCAGAUGACAGAAGCGCAGCGGAAGGAGCUCUACGAGGCAAUUGAUUGGGAUGAGAAGAAAGCUAUCGCCGAGUCGGUAGACAUGCCCCGCGAAUACGUAAAGAUGGAGGUGAACAUGAGUCUGCGGACCGGCAGCUUUACAUUAAAACGCGAUCCACACGGCAAGUCGAACGAGAUUCUCCGCCUGCUCUUCGACGGCUUCAGCACGCAGUUCCUGCAACGCACAGACUCGAUGUUUGUGAAGCUCGCACUCGAAGGCAUGCGCUUGUAUGACGGCACGACGGAGGGGAGCCUUUUCCCUCAAAUCAUCACCAUCAAGGACGCGCCCCCUGUUCCGGAUGACAAGCGCAUCGAAGAGCUCGAUGGCGAAAAUGAGAAGAAGGAGGACGAGGAGGACGAGGAGGACGACAAGGAAGACCCCUUCUUCUUUCUCACUUUCGAGAAUAAUCCUCUCGAUGACAGCGCAGACACUGCUCUCACAGUCAAGCUGAAAGGUAUGGAGUUCGUUUAUAACCCGAGGUUCGUGGUCGAGUCUGUGAAGUUCUUCAAGCCUCCUGAGCGACACAUGGAGUCUAUUGGCGCGCUCAUGGAGACUGCUGGAGCAACGGUCGACACCAUCCGACAGCAGACUCGUGCUGGUCUGGAAUUUGCCCUCACUGAGCACAAGACCAUCAACGCACAGCUCGACCUGCAGGCACCACUCAUCAUCAUCCCAGACUCUGUCACCAAGAAGUCAAGCAACUGCCUCAUCCUCGAUGCCGGUCACGCGAGCGUGACGAGCGAGCUCAUCGACAAGGACACAUUGCGCGACAUUCAAUCGAAACAGCAGCAACAGUACACUGAUGAGGACUUCAGACGUCUGGAAGACCUCAUGUAUGACAAGUUCACGCUCAAGCUGCAGUCGACGCAAGUGCUUAUCGGGCCUUCCAUUGAGGAGACAAAGUCACAGCUUGAAGAGAACUCAGCAUUGAAGAACUUUCACAUCGUCGACAAGAUCAACAUGGACUUCAAGGUCGAGCUUUGCAUCGUCCCUAAAGCAACAGAUCUUACCAAGUUCCGAGUCUCGGGAAACCUCCCAGUGCUUCAUGCAUCAAUCUCUGAUGCCAAGUACAAAAACUUGAUGAAGCUCAUCGAUGUGGCGGUUCCCAAAUUUGACGAUGACAACGCCACAAGCAAGCAAGUCACAGAAGGUGCGAAGGGCCCGUCGAACCUCAAGCUGGCCAGCGACGCGAAUGCAACAGACAAGGACGCUCUGGGGCGACCUCGCUCCAAGUCUUUCCAAUUCGCUGCCCAGGAGCAUGAGCUCGUCAUGGAGGAAGACCACGAUCAAGACACCAACGAAAAGUUCGAAGACGCGCCCGAAGACGAGAGCAAGAACACACAUGUGCAUCAACGCAACUUCGAAUUCAGGUUCACCGUCGACAAGCUCCAAGGUUCACUCUACAGGACUGACCAGGAAGGUCGCAAGCCAGAUCAACUUCUCGUUGAGCUUGUUGCUGAACACUUUGAUCUCGACUUCUACCAGGAGCCGUUCGAGAUGGGCGCGCACGUUCGCCUGAAGAGCUUGGCAGUCGAAGAUCACGUUGAGGAGAAUCCAUUGCCAGAAUUCCGCAACAUCGUCUCCUCUGAGGACGACUCUGCAGAUGAGCAGAAGGAUCUAUUUACGCUGAAGUUCACCAAGGUCAAUAAAGAGUCACCAGAAUUCCAGACGAAGUGGGAGGGCAUUGCGACAAACCUCGAUGUCGCUGUCUCAACCAUCAAUCUGAUCGUCACAAGAAGGACCUUGCUGACACUUCUUGACUUCGUGCUCAUCACCUUUACGAACCCAGAUCAGACCCAGAACCAGCAGGCACAGAUUACUGCCAAGUCGGACGAGCAGCAAGUAGCUAAGCAAAUCAACGCUGAGCCAGAUAAGAUACGCAUUCGAGCUGAACUGAAGCGAAUCGCAGUCGUUCUUAACAACGACGCGAUCCGCUUGGCAACUCUCAGCUUGAGCUCAGGUGAUGUUGGCAUCAUGCUCAACGGAGGCACAAUGCGCAUCGGCGGACGACUUGGCAACCUCUCGCUCAUCGACGAUGUCAAUCAAGGUGUGCCAGAGACAUCUUCGCUGCGCCAACUGGUCACUAUCGAAGGAAAGAACCUUGCGGACUUCAGCUAUGAGACAUUCGACUCGGAAUCAGAAAGCUACCCCGGCUACGACACGUCUGUGGCGCUUAAGACUGGCUCUAUCAAGAUCAACUUCCUUACGGAGCCUUUCCGGAAGAUCAUGGAGUUCGCCGUCAAGUUCGGCAAGAUGCAAGCCAUUUUCAACGCAGCACGUCAAGCCGCAGCAAACCAAGCCACUCAGAUCCAGCAGAAUCCUGCGAAGUUCCACUUCGACAUUACUAUCAGCACGCCGAUCGUUGUCUUCCCCAGAAUGGUGAUCUCAGACAAACCUGAGCGUGACACCUUGACAGCGAACCUUGGUGAGAUCUACGCGAAGAACGAGUUCACACCGCUGGAUGACUCGGAGAAUUCCGAUGUCGCCAAUAAGAUCUCUGCCGGAAUCAGGAACAUCAAGCUCACAUCUGACCUCCAUUACGAAGAUGACCGUGCUGAGGCGCUUGAGUUGAUCGACAAGGUCGAUCUUGACUUCAAUAUUACCAUGGUCGAGCACAAGGCUGGUCAACACCGCCCGGAUACGGAGAUCGACGGAUCCAUGUCUGACAUCAACUUGCGCCUCACACCAGAGCAAAUGAAAUUUGCCUUGGAGCUGUCUCGUACCAUUCCUCAAGCAUUCGCGACCGAGCCGGAUGCCAUCGACGAGGAAGUCAAGGAAGAGGUUCUUAUAGCCAAGACGGCGCCUGUGCGACAACUCACAGAGACAGAGUCUCCAGACGAGCCAUUGAAAGACGUGGUGUCGUCCCAAGGACCUGAGCUGUCGACUGAUGCCGAUAAGUGGACGAAGCUGGACUUCGUGUUCAAGGUUGGCGCCAUCGCUCUGGAACUGAUCAGGUCGAAGGAAGGCGAGCCCAUCGGCGAUGUUGAAGCCGCUAGUCUUUCGAAGUUCUCGCUUAACGACACCAAUGUCAAGGUCCGUAUGAUCAGUGACGGAGCUAUGGAGGCAGAGCUUGUGGUUCACUCAUUCUCGAUCCGCGACAGUCGACAAAUGGGCACGAACAAGUUUCGCAAGAUCUUGUCUUUGAUCAACAACGAUGUCAAGCAGCAAUUCAUGGCUAGCGUGUCAAUCUCCGGUGGGAAGGAGCGCAACAUGAUUGCGCUUCUCACAAUCGACAGCCCAAGAAUUAUCUUGGCUUUGGAUUACCUCUUUGCCCUGCAGGCUUUCGUCAACGCCGGUCUCGCUACCGAUGAGCCGUUGAAUAUCGAGGAGGAGACCGCCGACGAAGAUACUGACAGCGACGACGAGAUGGUGUCACAGAAUGCAUCGAGGACUCUCCAGAAGCCAGACGCGCCUGCUGACCCAGCACAGGACGGUAUGAGCAUGGCGUUCCGGGUGAACCUCGUAGAUGCACAGGUCGUGCUUAUCGCCAACCCAACGAUUGCCAACUCCGAAGCCAUCGUGUUGGGCACAAAGCAAGUACUUUUAUCAAAGCAGCAGGCCAUGACGUUACAAGUCGAAAAGAUUGGCAUGUUUUUGUGCCGCAUGGAUCGCUUUGAGACGAACCGGCUGCGCAUCCUCGACGACUUCAGCAUUCAGACGGCAUUGGACAUGCGCAACCAGAACUCGAAGUCAUCAUUGAUCAGCAUCAACGUUGAAAUCGAGCCUCUCGUCCUGCGCUUGUCGCUUCGCGAUAUCCUACUCGCUAUGCAGAUUGCCAAUCGUGCGACUGCUAUGCAAGCAGCUGACGACAAGAAGCUGCCCGACGAGGGAGCAAAACAGCUCAAGCCUAGCACACCAUCGAAGAAAGCGAAAUCGACAGCUGCACCUAGUACCACACGACCUCGGGCUAAAUCGAUUGCGAAGACAAAGCGUUCGAGCCAACAGGAGGCGCAAAUGCAGCAGCCGCAGGCCGGCUCUGCGGUUCUCAAGCGCGAGGAGAUGCAUAUCAACCUCGAAGGCCUACGUGUGGUUCUCAUUGGUGACGUGCACGAAAUGCCAAUGCUCGACUGGCGGGUCAAGAAGUUUGGCGUUGAUGUUCGCGAUUGGUCAGGUGCGAUGGUCGCUGACACCUCGCUGGAGACUCUCAUCAAUGUCUACAACUUCUCCAAGUCCGCAUGGGAGCCGUUGAUCGAGCCAUGGAGUAUCGGAUUCCAUAUGGCGAAGGAUCUGAACCCAGAUCGUCUAUCUGUGGAACUGUACUCUCGCAAGUCGAUGGAGCUCACCGUGACCGCGGCGACUAUUGCAUUGGGUUCUAAGUCGUUUGACUUCCUGACGGCUGACGAGGAUAUCUUGUCGAAGCCUCGUGCAAGCGAUGCCCCAUACCGCAUCCGCAACUACACAGGCUUCAGUCUUGAUGUGUGGGCCGAGGGCAAGGAGCAGGACGGCUAUGCUGCAAAGCUUGAUGACGGCGAGGAGCAGCCGUGGCGAUUCGAAGACCCAAUGUCAACUCGUGAGACAUUGUCAACAGAUGGCGCGACCGGUAUGCUCGGCAUCAGGCUUCAGGGUAGUGGCUUCGACACGCUCUCUCGCAUCCCUGUGCACCGAGAAGGAGAGUCGUUGUAUAACCUGAGACCCAAGCAGGACAGGGUUCAGCAUCGUAUCCUCGUUGAGGUCAAGCUCGGGGCGGACAACAUCAAGAACAUCACCUUUAGGUCCCCGCUGCUAGUCGAGAACAACACCCAGAUCCCCAUCGAGAUCGGCAUGUUCAGCCCCGAGGAGGGCCACCUCCUCAAGAUCGAUAAGAUCGCACCUGGUGACGCACGGCCAGCACCUAUUGGGUCUGCGUAUAUGCAUUCGAUCGUCAUCCGUCCAGAUCAAGGUUUCGGUUAUAAUUGGUCUAACGAGCGUCUCUUCUGGAAGGACUUGUUAAAGCGCCCGACAAGGACCAUCACUUGUCACGGCGAGCAAGAUGAACAGGCACCGCCGUUCUACUUCCAGAUGCAUGCAGCCUACGACAAGAAGGACCCACUGACUGGUACAUACCCGUACAUGCGCCUGCGUCUGCAAGCACCGGUUGAGGUGCACAACCUGUUGCCAUAUGAUUUCAAGUACAGAAUCUACGACAGUAGCACGAAGAAGGACUGGACCAACUUUCUGCGAAAGGGAGGUAUCAGCCCGGUUCACGUGGUGGAGCUGUCGCAUCUCCUGCUCAUCAGCGUAGAGAUGCAAGAAGGGCCGUACAAGCCUAGCAAGUUUGGCAUCAUCAACUCCACAGAUCGAGAGAGUUUCAGAAGAGAGAAGGUACUCGAAGUCAAGGGCGACAACGAUACGACAUUGCACCUCAAUAUGCACUUCUACAACUUCCCUGAUGGUGGAGGUGCCUUCAAGGUCGCGAUCUUCAGUCCUUACAUUGUCUUGAAUCGUACUGGUCUCAACCUGGAUCUGAGGUCACAGCAGCAGCAAUUCAUGGGCGGAGGCCGGUCUUCAGGCGCCCAAGGUAACUUCAGCGACGAUCAGACCGAUGCUGGUAAGGCUUUGCCUUUCAUGUUCUCCUAUCCAUCCGAGAACAAGAAGAACCGCGCGCUUAUCAAGGUCGGUGACUCGACCUGGAGUAAACCUCAAAGUUUCGACGCCAUCGGAAGCACCUACGCCGUCUCGAUUCCUGCAAGCAACUCGAGAUCAGACAUGCAUCUCGGUGUGUCCGUCGCUGAGGGUGAGGGCAAGUACAACUUGACAAAGGUCAUCUCCGUCGCCCCGCGCUUCAUCGUCAAGAACAGGCUCGAUGAGGAGGUCCUUAUUCGUGAGCCUGGCCAAUCCGAUUGGAUGACACUGAAGGCGGGAGAGCUGCUGCCCCUUCGAUGGCUCAAACAAGGCGGGUCACCACAGUUGUCGCUCUGCUAUCCUGGAGUCAACAACCAAUGGACUUCUCCAUUCAACAUCUCGAACGUCGGCAAUGUGCACGUCAAGCUUUCCAAGACUGGUCAACGUCAGAAACUGGUGCGCAUCGAUGUGUUGAUGGAGCAAGCUACUAUCUUUGUCCACUUCAGUGUCGAGACGAAGCACUGGCCUUUCUCGUUCAAGAACAUGAGCGACCAAGAGUUCUUGUAUUGGCAACAGAACCCCAAUCUUGAGGAAGAUGAGGACGACCGUAGCUCUGGAUUCAGGCCCAUCAGAUACCGCUUGCCACCAAGAAGCAUCAUGCCGUAUGCCUGGGACUUCCCCGCGGCGAAGAACAAGGAGAUAGUCAUUAGUGGCAACGGCAGAGAGCGACACGUCAAGCUUGCUGAGAUUGGUCCCCUCAUUCCCUUCAAGAUUCCACCCGGCCAGCAAGGAGGCGGCAUGAAGGUCAUUGAUCUGAAUGUUGUCGCCCAGGGCCCGACCCAGACGCUCGAAAUCUCCAACUAUAAGCCGUCGAAGAGCUUGUACAAGCAGAAGUCUGGUACCUCAUCUUCGACAACAACGGGCUUCGAGGUCAAGGACCAGGACACCGACGUCACCUUCAAGGCGCAACUGCGUCUUGCUGGUAUCGGCAUCUCCCUUGUCAACCGCCACUUGCGCGAACUGGUGUAUGUCACGUUGCGUGACCUCGAGCUGAAGUAUUCGGACUCGGCUCUCUACCAAAUGGUCAACGUGCAAGUCAAGUGGAUCCAGAUCGACAACCAGUUGUACGGCGGUAUCUUCCCUAUCAUCUUCUAUCCCAGUGUGGUUCCGAAGACUGGUAAGGAGAUGGAGGCGCAUCCUAUUUUCCAAACGAGCAUCACAAAGGUCAAGGACGACUCGUACGGUGUGCUGUACAUCAAGUACUUCAGUUUCCUGCUGCAGCAGAUGACCCUCGAGAUCGACGAAGAUUUCAUCUUUGCGUUGAUCGACUUCGCUAAGAUCCCUGGAGCUUCGUGGUCGGAGGAAGCUGAGGGCAAGCUUUGGGACGACUCACUCGAUCUUCCAGAGCCGAAGCAGGAGCAAUCUGGUCAGGAUGUCUACUUCGAGCUGCUGCACCUGCAGCCUAUGCAGAUCGAUCUGUCGUUCGUCCGCACUGAGCGCAUCAAUGCUGAGGACACCAUGUCCACCUCAAACCCCUUCAUGUUCGCGGUGAACGUUCUCACAAUGUCGAUUGGCAAUGUCAACGAUGCGCCAGUCCGCUACAACUCGCUCAUCCUGGAGAACGCUCGUAUCUCAACGACUGCAUUGAUCAACAACAUCAAGAAUCAUUACGUGCAGGAGUCCUUGAGACAGGUUCAUGUCAUUAUUGGCUCGGCCGACUUCCUUGGUAACCCAGUCGGUCUCUUCACCAACAUCAGUUCUGGUGUCGCUGACAUCUUCUAUGAGCCAUACCAAGGUCUCGUCAAGUCUGAUCGUCCUGAGGAUCUCGGUAUCGGCAUCGCAAAGGGUGCGUCAAGUUUUGUCAAGAAGUCCGUCUUCGGAUUCUCGGACAGUAUGGCCAAGUUCACGGGCAGUAUGUCGAAGGGUCUGUCCGCUGCAACCCUUGACAAAGAAUUCCAGGACCAGCGCCGCAACACCCGCUCUCGCAAUAGGCCCAAGCACGCCCUCUACGGCAUCACAGCCGGUGGUAACGCCUUCGCCAACAGUCUUGCCUCCGGCCUCGGCGGUCUCGCACGCCACCCCAUCCAAGGUGCCGAAAAAGAAGGCGCCUUCGGCUUCGUCAAGGGUGUUGGCAAGGGCCUCCUUGGUGUCCCCACCAAGGCUGCAAUCGGUGCCUUCGACCUCGCCUCCAACAUGGCCGAAGGUGUGCGCAAUACCACCACAGUCUUCGACCAGGAAGGCCUCGACCGCGUACGCCUGACACGCUUUAUCGGCACCGAUGGCAUCGUGCGCCCGUACUCGCAGCGCGAAGCCCUCGGCCAGUUCUGGCUCAAGACGCUUGACAACGGAAAGUACUUCAACGAAGACUACAUCGCGCACCUGGAGCUGCAGAAUAAGGAUGUCCUCAUCAUGCUGACGUAUAACGCUAUCAUGAUGGUGCGCACCAAGAAGCUGCAGACAGAGUGGGAUGUGCCGCUCAAGGAUGUGCAGACUAUCAGCAAGGAGAGGACGGGACUCAGUAUUACGCUCAAAGGUGGAACGAAUGGGCCUUUUAUACCCGUGGGCGAUGAGGGGAGUCGUAACUGGUUCUACAGACAGGUUGCGGUCGGGGUUAAUGCGUAUAAUGAUCGGUGGAACGCUAAGGGUUGA